UAUAGAACACUUUUGUACACAAGUUGUACAGAUAAUGCUGUCUUUGGUAAGGGUUUUUCUACACAGUGGAGUUAAAAGAGCUUUUAGCACUACCAUGCAAUCUAGAGCAUCAGUUGCUGUGGUUCUGUCUGGUAGUGGAGUGUUUGAUGGCUCUGAAGUUCACGAAGCAUCAGCUAUUCUUGUGAACCUUAGUCGUGCUGGUACAGAGUACAGCAUCUAUGCACCAGACAUCCCUCAAAUGCAUGUGAUAAAUCAUGCAAAAGGAGAGGUUGCUGAUCAAGAAAGCAGGAAUGUACUGAGUGAAUCAGCUAGAAUUGCAAGAGGGAAAAUCACUGCUUUGGACAAGUUGGAUGCAUCAAGCUAUGAUGCAGUCUUUUUCCCUGGAGGCUUUGGUGCUGCAAAAAACUUGUCCACAUUUGCAACAGAAGGAGCUGACUGCAAAGUGAAUGAACAGGUUGCUAAUGUGAUCAAAGAAUUUCAUGCAAAACAAAAACCAAUUGGUCUGUGUUGUAUAGCACCAGUAUUAGCUGCAAAGGUGAUUCAAGGUUGUGAAGUGACAGUGGGACAAGACAAGGAUGAUGGAACUGGUAAAUGGCCCUAUGCUGGUACAGCUGAGGCCAUCCAGAAGAUGAAUGCUGUACAUGUGAACAAGAAUGUUGAUGAAGUCCAUGUUGACAAGAAAAACAAAGUUGUAACUACACCAGCAUUCAUGUGUGAAACCAAGAUUCAUGAGAUUCAUGAUGGAAUUGGAAAGAUGGUCCAGGCUGUGCUUUCAUUGGUGAAGUAGAUUACAGAUGAUCAGUCAAAACAGAAAGAACAGUCAGAUGUAUAGCUAAGAAGACUGAGUAAGGUAUAGUGGAAUUUUAACUUAAUAUUCAGGGCAAAUGAGUGCUUUAUUCAGGAAAUUCAAAGUCAAAAAGAUAAUAUUAGAUGUGCUUUGUGAGUAAAUCUUGACAAGUAAAAAAGAUUAUUAGGAAAUUUUUGUUUAAUAAAUCUUUAUUCCAUUGAUAGAAAAAUUGUAUACAAUGUAUUAGAGGCAUCUUCUGUCCUUUUCUUGCAACAAAAAUUAUUAUCGACCAGUCAUAUCAUCUCAAGAUGAGGAAUUUCUUUAUUUGCUUUUUCCUUUCUUUCUGUGACCCUGAUGGGAAAAUCAGUAAUUUUUUUAAGGUACUGGUACUACACCUAAAAUAUACAAACACUGUACAGUUAAGAGUAAAUGGUUUGAACCCAGGUGUAGAAGUUUGUUAUGAAGUUUGAUCGUCCAGGUGAGUGUAGUCUUGACAAAGACUGUUGGUGAAAGACUGCUGAGUGCAAGUCAUCUUCAUCUUCAGAUGACUUCUGCUCAGGUUGUCGAAAUGUCAGUCACCACCACCAACAGCCUUUCUCAAGAAUACUCUCCCGGACUAUCACACUUCACAAUAAACUGUACAGUUAAUCCCAAACAGAUUUCCCCAAAGGAGCUAUGAAACCUAUCUGUCUCUCAACCUUGAAUGUUAUUUACUACAUUAUUGCAUGCAACAGGGUUUUAAACAUUUUUUGAGGCUGCCAAAGAUCUUCAAUAAUAUACGAAUAGAGUAACAAUACAACAUUUUACCUUUUUA